CUAUUAUUAUCCUUCCUGCAAUCCUGGGAUAUCCGGUGCUGUUCUUGCUGGAGUGGUCUGUCUUGGUUUUAGCAAGCCGGGCUCUCUCUUCCGGCCACCUUCACCAUGGCGUCUGGUACAUUGUAUACGUAUCCAGAAAAUUUCAGAGCUUUCAAAGCUCUCAUUGCUGCUCAAUAUGCUGGAGGAAACGUGAAAAUUGCUCCUGGAUUCGUUUUUGGUGAAACAAACAAGUCUGAGACCUUUUUGAAGAAAUUUCCUCUCGGAAAGGUUCCUGCAUUUGAAUCUUCUGAUGGGAAGUGUAUCACAGAAAGCAAUGCAAUUGCAUAUUUUGUCGCUAAUGCACAACUUAGGGGUGCUGAUGAACUCGAGAAAGCACAAAUUUUGCAAUGGUUGAGUUUUGCUGAUAGUGAGAUCUUGCCAGCCUCUUGCACCUGGGUGUUCCCUACCCUCGGUAUCAUGCAGUUCAACAAACAGGCCACAGAACGUGCCAAGGAAGAUGUGAAAGCAUCUCUCCAAGUACUCAACACUCAUCUGCUGACAAAGACAUACCUAGUUGGAGAACGGAUCACUCUUGCCGAUGUUUGUGUCUGUUGUACACUGUUACAUCUUUACCAGUAUGUUCUCGACCCAAGCUUCAGGAAACCCUACCAGAAUGUCAACCGCUGGUUUACCACCAUUGUCAACCAACCUCAAGUCAAGUCUGUCAUCGGUAAUUUUAAACUGUGUGAAAAAAUGGCAGAAUUUGACCCUAAGAAAUUUGCUGAAGUUCAAGCGAAGUCUCAGGACCAUUCAAGUAGGCUACCAUCUAGUAAACAAUCAGCUUAUCUCUAUCUAGCUGCCACUAAGGGUGGUGCUCCCAAGGAAAGUGGGAAAAAAGAAAAGAAGGAGAAAAAACCCCAACCAGAAAAGAAGGAAAAAGAACCUGAGCCUGCAGAGGAGUUAGAUCCAGCAGAAGCAGCUUUGGCCGCUGAACCCAAGUCUAAGGACCCCUUUGACGAGCUCCCCAAAGGUACCUUCAAUAUGGACGACUUCAAGAGGUGUUACUCUAAUGAAGACGAAGCAAAGUCAAUUCCCUACUUUUGGAAGAAAUUCGACAAAGAAAAUUACUCUAUCUGGCUGGGAGAGUAUAAAUUCAAGGAAGAAUUAAAAAAAGUAUACAUGAGUUGUAACCUCAUCACAGGUAUGUUCCAGAGAUUAGACAAAAUGAGGAAGCAAGCCUUUGCUUCUGUGUGCCUAUUUGGUAAAGAUGAUGACAGCACAAUUUCAGGCAUUUGGGUGUGGAGGGGUCAAAGUCUGGCGUUUUCGCUAAGCCCAGACUGGCAAGUUGACUAUGAGUCGUACGACUGGAAGAAACUUGACCCUGACUCUGCGGAGACUAAGGCACUUGUUCAGCAAUACUUCUCAUGGACAGGAAAAGACAAAGAUGGUCGAGAGUUCAACCAGGGGAAGAUCUUUAAAUAAAUAAACCGAUAAUUCUCGUUUUCGAA